CCUACAAGACUAUGCUGGAAAACAAGACGAUUUAUCUGAACAGCAGCCCUGUGAACAGGAGAGGAAUUCCAGUUUGGACAACAAGGAACCAGAACCUCAGCAGAUAAAAGAAGAGCAGAAAGAACCAGAACAUCCCUGCACAAAAGAAGAAACCAUGGAGCUCCCCAUAAGUGAGCAUGGAGAGCAGCUUGUUCUGAAGCAGGAAACUGGAGAUACAGAAAAAAAAACAUUCCCAUGUUUGACAUAUCGAGAAAAUGUUUUGAAAAAAGAACAUUUAAUAGUUCAUGCAGUAGCUCACACUGGUCAGAAGAAUUAUGAAUGUCUGCCAUGUGGAAAAAGCUUUAUUAACAAAUCUAAUCUCAAUCAACACAUCAGAAUUCACACAGGACAGAACCCUUUCAAAUGUGGGUCCUGUGGAAAAGGUUUCUCUCAGAAAUCUAAACUUGAUUUACACAUCCAAAUUCACAAAGGUGAGAAGCCUUUCUCCUGUAUCAUUUGUUGCAAAAGUUUUACACGAAAAAGUAGUUUUAUUGACCACAUGAGAACUCACACAGGUGAAAAGCCUUUCGAAUGUCUGUCUUGUGGAAAAAGCUUCACCUUUAAAUCUGACCUUAAGAAACACUUUAGAAUUCACACAGGCGAGAAGCCUUUCUCCUGUGCAACUUGUGGCAAAAGUUUUACUCAAAAAGGUAAUUUGACUUGUCAUAUGACAACUCACUCAAAUGAAAGACCUUUUUCUUGUAUGACAUGUGGGAAAAGCUUCAGUCAGAGAUGUAAUCUUGAUGUACACGUCAGAACUCACUCAAAUGAGAAACCUUUUAAAUGUCUGUCCUGUGGACAAAGUUUCAUCAAUAAAGUCACUCUUGAUAGACACAUCAGAAUUCACACAGGACAAAAACCUUUCAAAUGCCGGUCCUGUGGAAUAAGCUUCUCUCAGAAAUCGAACCUUGAUAGACACAUGCGAAUUCACAAAGGUGAGAAGCCUUUUUCCUGCACAAUUUGUAGCAAAAGGUUUACUGUGAAAAGUAGUAUGACUGACCACAUGAGAACUCACACAGGUGAGAAGCCUUUCAAAUGUCUGUCCUGUGGAAAAAGCUUUGCAUGUAAAUCUGAUCUUACUAAACACCUCAGAAUUCAUACAGAUGAGAAGCCUUUCUCCAGUACAGUUUGCGGCAAAAGUUUUACUAGAAAAGGUCAUUUGACUUGUCACAUGACGACUCACUCAGAUAAAAGACGUUUUUCUUGUGUGACCUGUGGAAAAAGGUUCAAGCAGAAACCUCAUCUUGAUAAACACGUCAGAGUUCACACCGGUGAGAAGCCGUUCUCCUGUACCAUUUUUGGCAAAGAUUUUACAAAAAAAAAAAAAACUUGACUAAACGCAUGACUACUCAUGUGAGAAACAUUUUUCAUUCAUGACACAUGAAAUUGAUUAUCUUAAAAAGAGAUAUUUAAUGCUUCAAGUCACAGGAAUGAACAUUAGAGACAUUUUCCAUGUACAGGCAUGGACUGGUAAUCGGGCAUACCAGGCAUCUGCCCGGUGGGCCGACGUGCUGUUUGGGCCGGCAGACCCGACAUGUAUAUUAAUAAUAUGUAUUAUUAUUAUUAUUAUUAUUAUUAUUAUUAUUCACUCUCCAUUGGAACUUUGUGCAGUGGUGUUCACAGUAGUAAUGGAUGAGAAACACAAGGGAGGCGCAGAGAAACUGCACGAAAAAAGAAACGAGUUCUUCAAACGGACACUGCAAAAUGUGUAAAACUGACUGACAUGUUCCCAACAGCGGGCCCUUCAUCUGCUCCGGUGUCUGAUGUUAAAUUUAAUGGUGGUGGUGGUUGCAGACAUCCCAAGUUUCCCGGAAGUUCCUGGAGUCUCCCUGAUAUCGAUAGUUGUUCAAGGAUGCCUGGAGUCAGAUAAAUUAUCCCGGAUUUUAGACUAUGGGAGGUGGUGUUUUUUUUAAUGCUAGUGGGAGCGAGCGGCAGUACAAUAAUUCAUGCAUCAUGUGCGGAUUAAAACUACUGUAAUUGCUGGUGAAACCUGUGCAGCGUAUCUGUCCAAAGCGAUGCUCUGAUCAACCAGCAUUCCAGGCGACUGGCUGAUCAGAGAGCUGAUUAGAUCAGUCAGAAAAUAAGCCAAUAAGUUUCAGUUUUCUUUUUUACAGUUACCUCAUCUUGCAGCAGAAUAUACUAAAGUGUAUUCAUGUCUAGUGAGGGUGAAGAAUGAUGGAAUGUGCAUGUAUGGGGCACGGUGCAGCCAGGGGCGUCAACUGACCCAGUACUAUACAGGGGCACAAUAGGGCACCAAUUAAAAUGCGAGCGCAUAGAGCACAUGAGCAAAAAAAAUUUUGGGCAUUAUUUAGUUUAUAAAAACAUGGGCACAGAUAAUUAAUGCAAGCAUGCAAGCAAAUAUUUUAUGGCACUUAUUUAUUAUUAUAAAGCAUCAUAAAUAAAUUGUACAAUAAGAGAAUUGGCCCUCAUGUGAACUUCACUGUAUAUCUCUAAUCUACUACUGAUGAAGGCACAAUUGAUUAUUAUUAUUUUUAUUAUCUCAACUCAUCUCCCUGAAAUGAGGUUUUUGAACUUCAGAUGUCUGCGGUUGUAGUGGAGGCGACGGCGAACCAAGCCGUGAACAUGAUGUCAGUGCGGCUGAGGAGAGACAUGGCGAGAAAGAUGAGAGCAGGAGGAAAUAGCUUCCUUUGCCCGUCCUGAUCCUUGUCUUUUACAAAACUUUUUGAAUCACCACCCACAACAAAGCACGAUAAAAAAUCCAGUUGUGCAAAAGGUAUUCACCACUAAAAAUGCACAAAACAGGAGGUGGCUCACAUAUUGUG